ACCAGAAAAAGAGCUUGCAGGAGAAAUGGCAGAGCCUGAUCUUCAAUUCUUUAAUACAACUGAAAGUUGGAACCUGCGGAGUGUAGAAGUCAUAUCUGAUUUACAAGAUAAGCUUCAACCUUAUGAAUCGUGGGUGGUGCACGUCUCUGUAUUAGGCGACAAUAGAGAAGCCUUCACCUUCUUCUUUCCGAUUUUUGCUGGACUGAAGAAUGAGUUAGGAGCUCGUGCACUAUGGGCUGCGAUUCUGGUGGAAUGGUCAAACCUUCUUUUGAAGUGGGCAUUCAGAGGAGACCGACCCUAUUGGUGGACGGGAGAGACCUCUUUGUACAAUGAGGAAACUAGACCACUUCUGCGGCAGUUUCCAAACACCUGUGAAUCAGGUCCUGGAACACCUUCAGGCCACCUCAUGAUGAAUGUAGCACUCUUUUAUGUUGCUGCAAGGGGCAUUACUACUUUUUUCAUUUGGAAUUCAACAACUUUGAAUAAAGUUCAGAAGUGGUUUCUUGCAUUUCUGAUAUAUAGCCUCUAUAUUUGCUGGAAUGCAAUGGUAUUCAUCUCACGUCUUUACAUCCAAGCUCAUUUUGUUCAUCAGUGUAUUAUGGGGGUCAUCGCAGGCUUAUUUGUUGGGCAUUUCGCUUGGAGCAGUAAACGUUUACUGAAACUUACAAAGACCCUUUCAGUUGUCAUAGCAGUUUUUCUCAUCUUGUCUUCUGUGAUGACAUACUACCUCUUACUUUCCCAAGGAAUGAAUCCUCUGUGGACAGUUUCUCUGGCUCUCAAACAUUGCAUGAGACCAGAGUAUGUCAAGGUUGACACACAGCCUUACUAUUUGAUUAUGAGAUUCACUGGAGCUGCCCUUGCAUUAGGUCUAGGCAUUUCAUCAGAACAGAGGAAGGCAGUGGUUCAGUCCCGGAUCAGUCGCAUACACAUGUUGCUGGGGGUCAAGGGAGGCAUACUGAUUGGGAGAAUGUCUGCAAUAAUUCAGGCAAGCUUUCCGAAGGAUGACAUGAUCGUGUUCCUGAUGCUGUCAUUUGGCCUUAACGUUGCCUUGCCCUUGAUCAUCAUAUCUGUGUUGCCUCACUUUCUUUUGACCAUGUGUUAAACUUAAUUAUUAAUUUGCACAUGUAAUGACUAUGGCUUAGUAAGUGGUCUGCGUGUUUAAUAGACCUCCAUUAUCUAUUUAUGAGUGAAGAAAAUCUUAAUUUAUUACUAGGAUCCACUUCAGGGCAUUUUCAAGUUGAGUUAUGAUGCAAAUAGUAUUAUGUAGAGGAAUAAGGAAUUUAUUUCCUUUAAUAUGGAAGAAGAUAAGAAAUAUAUGCAUUCUUUUGUAUGUUAUAUGCCAGAAGUAUGACAGCAUGAAAUAUUAAUAGAUGUGUAAUUUAUUUAACUGUAGGUUUAGUAAUGGUUUUGGAUAACAAGCACAGUACUUUGAUAGUGAUGAAAGUUAUUUUUGUCAUGUUUCAAAGAUUUCUCCAUAGUACCUGGAUUUAUAAGAUUUUAUAAUUCAGAAAAUAUAUUUAUUAAAGCAGAUAGUCACAGAAGAAUUAGCUUGGUAAGAUGUUGCAUUUACUGUACAUUUGGUAUUAUUGUUGAAUUUCAUGAGAUUGUACCUCAGUGAGAUAUUAUUAAGUUUAUGCAUGUGCUGGAAGAGAUCUGUUUAUUUUUCACUGUUUUCAAGAAAAGAAACACUAGAGAAACUAA